UUAGCAUUUAGGCGGGUUGUAGCUGUAGCAACGGGCUGGCUUUCUGUAUACACAGGGAGACACUGCUAAAUUGCAUUGCCUGACACCAGUGCAUGUUAUGAGCAUGAGUUCUAAUAAAGACGGCGUCUCCCUAUUUCCCACUCCGUAAAGAUGUGGAAGAAUCCAUCAGAAUAUUUCGCCACAGCAACCGUGAAGUAUUUUGAGAGACACAAAGGAGAGGUCAAUUCCUGUGCCCUGUCUCCAGACUGCCAACUUGUCCUCACAUGUUCUGACGACAGCCGCAUCCAUCUGUGGGAAGCAAAAAGUGGGACCCUCAAGCAAAAAGUGACCGGUCAUACAGGACCAGUAAAAUCGUGCUGCUUCUCCCCUGAUGGAUUGCUGUUUGCUAGUUCUUCCCAUGACUGCACGGUACGGAUAUGGAAAGUGGAUACUGUAGAUUGCCUCCAUGUGCUUAGAGAUCAUUUGAAGAGUGUCGAGACUGUUUGCUUCAGCCCUGACUCCAGAUAUCUAUUGUCUGGAGGAUGGGACCACACUGCCAUUCUGUGGGAAGUACAGAAUGGUCAAAAACUAAAAGUUUACCAGGGCCAUCGUGAUGCCAUUCAGUGCAGCGCCUUCUCACUAAAUGGAUCAUAUAUAGCCACGGGAUCCUGGGACUAUACGGUCAGAGUCUGGAUACUGCAGAAUAAAGGAACAGACAAGAUAUUGGAAGGACAUAAGAGUAAUGUCAGCUGUGUUUCCUUCUCUGUAUCUGGCAUGCUGGCCUCUGGUUCCUGGGAUAAAACAGUUCGUGUUUGGAACCCACGUAAUGGCUCUCUCAUCUUCUUAAUGACUGGGCAUUCUGGAUGGGUGAAAAACAUGACCUUCUCCCGUGAUGGUAUUCUCCUGGCGUCCACUGGAUAUGAUAAGAAGGUGAGGCUCUGGGACUGUGAAAAUGGGAGAUGUGUCAAGGUACUGAAGGUAAGAUCAUUUCUUUUUCCUUUGCUGGCUCAAAAAUAUUUUAUACCUUUGAAGCCUUUUAUUGGAUGGGUGUAUUAUUUCUGUGUAUGCUCUUUCCAUUGUAGGGGAUGAUGGAGGUGGUACAUGCAUGUGCAUUCUCACCAGAUGGUACCCUGUUUUUAACUGGAGCCAUUGGACUUUACCCAGCCUGCUGAACCACAACGAUAUUGAAAAGAUCCACUUGGAACUAAAUAUUAAAGAAUACACUCAAUGCAUCAUGUGUAAGGGCUGCAGUUUGCCUUUGAAGUUCAGACAAAAAUGGAUUGAGAUCCAAACUCUGCCAGUCUGACAUUAGGAUUCUUGUUUUUAAGUUAUUCUUGUGUAGUUCUGUGCUUGGGGUCUUAGUCACUGUAAAACAAAUCUUUCCCCCAAAGCUCAAGUUUCUCAGACUGCAUUAGGGUUUCUUUCGGGGUUUUACUGUAUUUUACUGCAAAAAAGAUGGUUGAAAAAAAGACUUGCCUUUAGUAGUUGAUCCAGAGCAGUGAUCCCCAACCAGUAGCUCGUGAGCAACAUGUUGCUCCCCAACCCCAUGAAUGUUGCUUCCAGAGCAGGUACUUAUUUUUGAAAUCCAGGCUUGGAGGCAAGUUUUAGUUGCAGAGAAACCAGGUGUACUGGCAAACAGAAACUCCUGUAGGCUUCCAGCCACAUAAGAGCUACCACUAGCCAAUCACAACCUUUAUUUGGCACCACCAGGAACAGUUUUCAUGCGCGUGUUGAUCAACUCUUUUUACAUUUGAUUGUUGCUCACGGGUGAAAAAGGUUGGGGACCCCUGAUCCAGAGGAAGGUAAAAAAAAAAAAAAAAACCCCCGUUAUAUUUACACUUUCUAAAUAGGCAUCCAACUUUUUCUUGCAACAAAUGUAUGUGCCAGUAUGAGAGAAAGUAAGAACGUAAACUUUUCAGUAUUUAAAAAGGAAAAAGUUUUUUGAUUAAAAUGGAACAGUCUUUUAAUUUCUUGCUGCAAGGGAAUCAGGGAGUUUGUAUCACUUAUAUAUUAUACAUAGUUAUCUCCUCAUCAGUGCCUCUUUUUCAGUGAAAAAAACAGCUUGGCCAGUUGACAAAAUGAUUUGUACAUUUACAAACUUUUUCCAUUAAUAUCGCUGUUCUGGGUGAUCACCAUUGCCCCCAAACUUACAGCCCUUUCUAUUUGCAACAGGAACUGAGCCUCUUCACUUACAAGAGUGGGUCUGUAGUUUACCCCUACAAUUAACUUGCCUCUUACCAUACUCUUUGAAAAAUGUCAAUUCAUAAGGCUUCAGCCCUCUCAUUAUCAUUCAGGAAUGGGUUGUCUUUUUAGUGAGAAAAUACAGGGGUACUGAAAUUAUUCCUUAAAUAGUAAUCCAGGGAUUGGUUCUAUUGCCUUCCCCACACUUGGAGAGGGGGAAGGUUGCCUCUCAUUAAAGGAACAGUAACAAAUAUGUUUGGCCUACACAGCACAGUGUAUAGUGUACACAGGAAUUCCAGUUGCUAGUUGCCUUUUUGCCCUGCUUCUACGGGGCAACUUGUAAGUAAAAUUCUACUGAAAGCUUUAAA